UAGUUGAUAUAGUUCUGGGUGCUGAGUCUUAGAAGAGGACACCCAAUGGAUUUUCUCUCAAUUCUGUUAUUGCUGGGGACUGUUUUACUUACUGCAGUUCUGUUGCUGGUAACAUGGGCUAUCCACUACCACAUCACCAAGACAGAAAUCCCUCCUGGAAUUUCUCAGUCCUUCAAACUGAGAUGUUUACACUGCUUGUUGAUCAUCGCUUUUGGUCUGAACUAUGUCUUGAACAAAAUGCACAUCAGAGUUGGCUACAGCUUGCUGAGGUUCCUCAUGGAUGGAAUUCCACCCCUAAAGGAUCCACAACUCUCCAUUAAAAACCUGAACUUUGAUGGCGUGCCAGUCAGGAUGUACCAGCCAAAGGGUUCGUCUGACGGUGGAUGGAGAGGAAUCCUUUACUUCCAUGGUGGAAUUGGAAUGUUUGGAAGUAUUGAUGCCUAUGAAAGAGUGUGCCGUGGAAUUGCCAAGGAGAGCAACUCCCUUGUGGUGUCUGUUGGGUAUCGUUUGGCCCCAGAGCAUCCCUAUCCAGCCCAGUUCAACGACUGUCUUACCGCUACGACAUAUUUCAUGAAGAACAUCAAAAAGUUUGGUGUCAACCCUGCCAUGAUCAUUAUUAGCGGGGAUAGUAGUGGGGGCACAAUAGCCGCUAGUGUUUGUCAGAACCUGGUGAAUAGAGCAGAUCUCCCCAAAAUAUGGGCUCAAAGCCUGAUAUACCCUUAUCUUCAAGGUGUGGACUUCAAUUGGCCUUCCUAUCAAAGGAACAGUCGUAUUCCCCUUUUUUUCCAGAACCAAGUUGUGGAAUUUGGCCUUCUGUAUCUUCAGCAGGAUAUGUCCUUGGUGAAAGAUGUUUUAGAAGGUUGGCACAUUCCUCAAGAUAUUAAACAAAAGUAUAGUAAAUGGCUGGGGCCAGAAAAUCUCCCCAAGGAAUGUAAAUGGGAAGGGUACAGGUCUCCACGGCCCUCUUCCAAUCCCACACGAACAUAUGAAGGAUUCAAAAUAGCUUUCGAGAAAACGAUAUCCCCGCUUUUAGCAGAAGAGGCUGUUGUUCAAAAACUUCCCGAAGCUUAUAUUUUAACUUGUCAAUAUGAUGUUUUUAUGGAUGAUGGACUUCUGUACAGGAAACGAUUAGAGGACUGUGGUGUUGGUGUAACCUGGUACCAACUUGAAGAUGGAUUCCACGGAGUUUUGUUCUUUGUCAAUCACUGGCUUUUCUCAUUCUCAGGUGCUCAGAGUGGAUUAAAUAGUAUAGUAAAUUUCAUCAAACGUUUGUAACUACAGAUAUGGAUACUGACAUGGAUGGUUUCUCACAGCUGAAGUACCUCCCUCCCUCCCUCCCUCCCUCCCUCCCUCCCUCCAUCCAUCCAUCCACCUACCUACCUACCUACCUACCUACCUACCUACCUACCUACCUACCUACCUACCUACCUACCUACCU